AACAACCAUUAGAUACUGAGGGGUGAGGGGACUUUUACAUCCAGGUUGAGGUUACGUAGGUCUGUAAAUUUUUCAAUAAUUUUUGAUUGUCGUAACCGAUAUUUAAAAUGGCUUUUGGUGAUUAUCCUGCAGAGUACAAUCCAAAAAUUCAUGGACCAUACGAUCCUGCUCGUUUUUAUGGAAAGCCUGAUACUCCAUUUGGUCAAGUAAAAGUUGGAGAGAUUGGUGCAUGGUUAGCUCGUCGUAAUAAAUCGCCAUCAGCUCUGGCUGGAGCCAUUAGUAGAGCAUACUGGAGAUGGCAGCAUAAGUAUGUUCAGCCUAAAAGAUCUGGAAUUGCUCCAUUUUUACAUGUUGUAGUUGGAUCUAUGAUCUUCUUCUACUCAAUCAAUUAUACUAAAUUAAGUCACCACAGGAACUACAAAUACCAUUAAAUAUUUGGAACAACUUUAUUCGUAGUAUUUUUCAUUAUAUAUAUACACUGUUAUUCCCAAUGUAUCAUGUAAUAUGAAUUGUCAAACAAACUAAUUUAUGUCAAAUUUGAAUAAAGUCCUUCAAGUAAUGUAAAAUAUUUGUAUCUAAUUUUAAAGGAUCAAGAAUAGAACAAAUCCUAUUUCAAAAAAAGUGAGAGUUAAUCAGUAUAUUUGGGGUAAUAAAUUUGAGGUUUGGAUCUAUGGGUGACCAGGGUAUAUAUCUGUUGUGAAGUUGAUAAAUUGGUUUACCCUUUAUUUACAAAGGUUCAUAUGUACCCUUGAAUACCAAAAAAUCAUGUCUGUAUUACGUUUUUUAAUACCUCUAGAGGUUGGUUUUAAUGUUGAUGAUAGUUAAUAUAAAAUAAUAUAUAGGGCCAAAUAAAUAUGUCUAACGUUUUUAAAUGAUCAAAAUAAUUUUAAAUUUUGUAAAAGCUAUAUUUUUAAAAAAUGAAACAAAUCGUGGCUUUGCGACAGAUUUGUCAUUUUUUUUUGAAAUUGGGAAUCUUACAAUAUAUUUUUUGUUAUUUUCAGCAGGAUGAACAUCUGGCACAGGAGCAAAACCCACAAAUUGUCUCACAUUCUUCUAUAUGGUGAUGUCAAGGUCUAGCUCUAGAUUGGCGUUAUAUUUGUUGGAAUCAUAAUUGCUCACAGAGUUCAAAAACAAAUUUUCUUUUUUGCAAUUUGUUUUGAUUUUGCCAUUCAGGAUUAUUGGAAACAUAAAUUCUGUAAUAAAUCAGUGCUGCAACGUCCAACAGGAAUUAAAAUUUUUUGUCGGCCAUUUUGCUGUCUUUGGCAGGUAUAAGGUUGAACCAUUUGCUCAGUAGUAUCAACCCUCCCUUAGUAGCAUUAUAAUACAAAAUUAUACUCGAAUUGGAGAUGAUUUAUUUUAAGCAAAGGCCUAAGUGAGCAUUGAAUUAAUCACUCAAAAUUCUGUUUGCACAGAAUUUGAAAACCAUAAAUCCUAGAUUCUUCAUCGGUAAAUACACGGUAUCAGUGACCUGCUCAUAUACAUUACAGCCAACUUCUGGACAGUAAAUUAAUCGACAAACUAAAGUUGCAACUUAUUUCCAAUUUAAAAUUUUAUUUUUAAAUAUAACUCGUUCUAAAAUAAAUGAGAAAGGAUUACAAAAAGUGUUCAAAAAACUAUAUAUUUAUUGAAAUAUAUCAAAAAAUAUUUUCGUUUAAACAUCUGUAGACACCUUUGGUAAAGUUAUAGUUGAUGAAACGUGUAAUUGACUGUUUAUGUAGUGGUAGUUAAUGAUUUUAAAAAUUCCAAAGUACCUACCAAGAUGUAUAAAAUUUUAUAUUUUAAUAACUGGAAUAUAAUUAUCAAUUAUAAUGUAAAAAUUCCAUUUAAUAUAUAGUGAUUUCUCAGAGAAGGCAUAGAAGUAAAACAAGAUUUAAAGAAUAUGUUGAGCAAAUGGUUUUAUGAUUUGAAACAUAAAAAUAAGAAACUCAACCUGAGAAUCUGUUUUUGGCGUGUACAGAUUUAGUUUUUUUUUUCUUUUAGAUAUUCAAUAUAAAAUAAAACAAGUAAUAGCAGCCAUGUUUAUUUGUAAAAAAAUACAUCCUUACACUUGUAGAGCCAGUUAAACAUAUCCAAUACCAAUAAGUUAAGACACUCAAAAUUUCGAAGAUUUUUACAAUAAAUUUAUACUUAAAGAUUA